CCCGCUUACAGGUCAACACGAAUUAAAAGAAGAAGAAGUGUCAUGGCGCUGUCCUACAGCACGGUUACAGUGUAGCAAUGAAUCAGGCCAGAGUUUGUUGUUAAAGGCUCAACGAGAAGAACAACGGGAGGAGAAAUGUUUCCUGAAACGGCUCAGCGUUUAAAAACGGCGGCUCCGCUCUUCUCUCACACCGCCUUUUUGACGGAUUUGAGGCGGUUGUCGGCACAUGGAGGGGCCCGGAGACACCUCACUGUCGGCCGCUGCCUUACAGCCAAGGUCCCCCCUCCGCGGAACCCUAGGGAGAGGGUCGAAAUCCCGGGACUGGAGAUGGUCACAUACGGAGAGAGGAUGCACUAUGUCCCGGGGCUGGCGAAACCUGCUACCCAGCACUGGGAGAGGGACUACAAGGACCCGCGAUAUUACAAGUCUCCCCCUGCCCACGAGAUGCUGCUGUACAAGGACAAGCCGUGUUAUAUGUUCAACCAGAGGACCAGCGCGCUGGAAGGUGUGCGUCAGGCUGCCUGGCUGACCAAAACCCAGGUGAUCCCAGGUCUCCCUGCACAGCUCCUUUCCCUCGCAGGGAACCCUGAAAAUCAGAUCCCAGAUCAGGAUGAGCGUGUACAGAAUGCCAUCAAACACGCGCGCUUCUGGGACACGACAGAGGAUCGACCCCGUAAAGAGAAAUACAGCAACACUCUGCUGCUCAACCUGCUGCACCUGUGUGCGACUCUACAGUCCAGCCACCCAGCCGUCGGGAGGAGGAUGCUUGCAGAGAACUACUCGCUGGCAACCACGUGGAAAAGAGGCGAGGAUCUCCUCCAGAUAAGAGGUCAGAACGGUUUACUGCUGAACAGCAUGGAUCCUCUCCCAGAGGUGUCUGGUAAACAGGAGGUGGCCGACACAGUGGAUCACGUCCUGGACACCUUCUAUCCCGUCUCCCCGACUAUCGACCUCCAGAAAGUGCACGUGUACAAAGAGGAGGUAAACCACACAGGUUUCAGAGAUGACUACCCUUACCCUCACGCCCACACGCUGUACUUCCUGGAGUCAGCUGAUCCUCGUUGUAAGCUCCGCCCAGAGCAGUUUAGAACCAAGAUGAUCAUGUUUACCUUUGGAAACGCGCUGGCCCGUGCACACAAGCUCUAUGGGACUCGUCCCCAGCGACUCUUAGACCGUCCUGUGACCGUGCAGUCAGUCGGGACCAAUGGUAGGAUUUUCCAGUUCAUGGUUUUCCAGCUGAAUACCACAGACCUCUCAGGAGAUGAUGGAAUUAAAAACCAGAUGUGGCUGGAUGAAGACGUUGAGCUGUAUGAUUUUGCAAAAGUUCGACCACUUAUUAAAAAGAAGCAAGUCAAGAUACCAGCUGGUCUGGCAGGAUACAAGCCUGAGACGUUCAGCAAGUUCCUGGCACUGUACCUGCAUGGAGCUGUGUAGGACUGCGUACAUCAUACAUCUGUUUGUGUGAGCGAUGCGCUGCCAGCAGUCAGUUGCCUGUAAAGUCUGUGUGUGUCUGCGAUCUAAACCAGCGUCUUAUCAAAACUCCUGAUUUUCUUUCGGUCAGUAACAGCGUGCUGGUGUUUCAUGGAACUGCACCCACACUUCAUCUACAUCUUUAUAAUAACUUCUGAAUAAAGGCUGCUUUUCUCAA